CUACAGUGGACGCCUGGUGAUUUACCUCAACAGCAGAUUCUCAUGAGUGUCAGAGUGUGUGUUUCAUCUGAGAACAGAUCGGCACACACACAUACAUACAUGUACAGUACACACAGUUUGUCAGCCACACUAUAGAAUAGGAAUAACACCUUGAGUGCGCUGCGUGUCUGGUUAUCCUCCACUUUUGUUUUCAAACUAAACCGGCAACAGGGAGGAAUUUCAGGCAGACGGCAGGUUUUUAAUGUUUUUUGGAUCAGAGGUCUCUGUUGGGAAAAUCCUGUCUUUUUUCUUAGACCAAGCAGAGAGGCUACGAUGAAGGCUGAUGCUUUGUCAGUGAGGGAGUGCACUUGGAUGUCAGAGGAGUGCCAUCUGGUGGAUGAGCUGCAUGGAGACUCACAGAGGGAGAGCCUGUGUUUACCAAACAUCUUCAGGUCCAAAAAAGUGAGGCCACUCACCAGGAUUCAGACUGGACCCACUUACCAGGUCUACUAUACAGCCAGAGAGCUUCUGCUGGAAGUUCUGGACAGAGGAGCCGUCCGGGAGCUGAUCAGGAGAGCUGCUGGUGUGAAGGCAGGAGCUAACCGUCCGUCACACAUCCAGAGCAGAGAGCAAAGUGCAGAUCUCUCCGACGGGGAGUAUGCCGAGGCAUUAACAUGGUUCUCUAUAGUCCUACAGAGCGGUCUGUCUGUAGGAGAGAACAGUAGCGGCUUUGGCUCUGAGCUGACCCUAAAACUGGAUGGAUGGCAGGGCAUCCUGAAGAGAAAUAGCUUCCAGACCAACCUCCUGUCUCUGACCAGACUGGAGGAUGGAGACAAGUUGGAAGCCCUCUCUGCUUUCUGUAACCACUUAACCAGGCGGUACCAGGCCUUAUACACACCUGGUCAGAACCUGGCUGUGAAGAAAUACAGACUUUCUUACCAGCAGGGUCCUUGCUGUCUUCAUCUUGCCCUCCUCUGCGACAUGAGCUCGGGGUUCAUCUGUAACAUGUAUCUAUACUGUCCGGAGCAACUCCAGAAGCAGAGUAGAAAACCUGUAGUUGAGCAGGUGGUCGGACACCUGCUGAGACCUUUCUGCAGUCACAAACACCUCAUUCAGCUGGACAGCUCUGCUUGGAUGGAGGGCAGACUCACAAACAUCUUCUCCGGCUUUGGGGUCGAUAUUAAAUUUGUUCCAACUAUUAAAACUCCAGUCACAGACCAAACAUCACCUGUAGUGGGGAUGCCACAUCAGCAACACACAUCUGAGGACUCACUGUCUCAACUAGUAGCCCACCUGCAAGGCUGGACCGGACCUGCUCUGUUUCCUCCGUCAGACCUGAAAGGAUCAGUGGAAGAUGUGUUUCUCCCGGGCCUCUGGGCGACGUUACACAUUAUCUGCAUCAACACAUUUGUGCUCCACACUCUGCAGAACCAGGGCUCAGGCAGGCAGGUCCACAUGACUGACUUCACCAGGACUCUAGCCUCUCAGCUGGCUGUGGACAGCAGCAUCACUGUGCCUGUUCUGCCACAGCUGAACAGCACUUCCUAUGCAGAAAUGAGUUUUUCUAAGCAAAGGAAAAAUACUAUCAGCUGUGCUUUGGUGAUGGAAAAUGAGAAACCAGGCUGCAGAUCUGCAAAGAGGCUGCAAAGGUGGAACAGAGCAGGAGUGUGCGGUCUGGACAACUCGGGCAACUCCUGCUACUUAAAUGCUGUGUUACAGUGUCUGUGUUCCACUGUGCCCCUGGUGGAGCACCUCCUUAAUCAGGACACUCGUAAAGAGCUGGCCAGGUCCAGGUGCCGGGUGGCCGAGGUGUUUGUGCGCCUGCUGGAGGAGAUGUGGAUGGGAAGGAGUUCCAGCUGUGCCCCCGUAGAGGCCAGGUCCGUGCUGUGCUCCAUCCUCCCCCAGUUCAACAACUAUUCCCAGCAAGACGCACAGGAACUGCUGCUCUCUCUCCUCAAUGCACUCCAUGAUGACCUCAAAAAGGUUGCAAAGCGUCACAUGCGCUCCUCGAAACAACAGCCGAGACAAGACCAGAAUAGAAACUGUGCCACUGCAGCUGGGGAGUCUACCAUUGUCUCGCAUCUGUUUGAGGGCCAACUGAGCUACAUGACCCUCUGCAUGCACUGCGAUCACCAGGCACACAGCACACAGACCUUCACUGUGUUGUCACUUCCAAUUCCAACACACAUCAAGUGCUCCAUUCAGGAUUGCCUGUCACUGUUCUUUGAGCAGACUGUCCUGACCGGGGGAGAGCAGAUGCUGUGUUCAGUGUGUGGGCUGAGGAGAGAAACGACAGUCCUCACCUGUUUGGACAAACCUCCCGAGAUCCUCAUGUUGCACCUGAAACGGUUUGGUUGUAAAGGAAAGAACCAGGUGAAACUGAGGACUAACGUUAUAUUCUCCACGAAGCUCGAUCUCACUCCAUUUCUAUCCAGCUCAGUACAGAACACUUCAUUUUCUUCAUACCACCUCUAUGCUGUUGUGAACCACACAGGUCAUCUUAACAUGGGUCACUAUACAGCUCUGUGUCAGAACGCCCUAACCCGGAUCUGGCACUGUUUUGACGACUCGGACGUCAGAGAGGUACAGGACAGCCUUGUGCAAUCACCAAAUGCCUAUAUGCUGCUCUACAGCUGCAAGCCCUUUCAAAAGCCAAACAUCCAUGGACUCUGAGCUCUCCAAGCAGGCCACAUCAAUCCAUAAUCAGUCUGACAACGUUAUGGAAGUCCAAUGCUAAAUCGUGGAGUGUAACAUCUUGUUUUUCUGCUGGCUUCUCCAAACCUCUACUCCAAAUAAACAUUCCAGCAUUGUGUGCCAUUAUUAUAGCCAACUGUUUCCAUGUAAUGUUUAUACACCAUAUUGUCUUAUACAGGUAGGGUUUCAUUCAGUCGUUUGCCUGUACAUACAUUUUUGUGACACCACCGUAGCUGAUAUAUCCUGAAACAUUCACAGACACAAAUGAACACACUAAUUUGAAGCAAUUUUAAUAAAUAGUCAUAUGAGUUGUUUGAGGUUAAUAUAAUCGUUAUAUCUGAAACAACUUUUUUUUUUUUAGAGCAUUAAGAAAUAAAAUGUACAAGUAAAAAACUGAUUAUGAUCUCAUGCCAGGCAAUAAAACUGUACUCAGGAAGUAGAGAGUCAAAUCCUGCCACCUCAGAUCUCUGGUCCAUUCAAAAAAAAAAAAAAAAAAAAAACACACAA